CGGUUGCUGAGCAACAAAGACAAACUCUUUCUCCGGACGGUGAUAAAACUUCUCUCAGCAGAGUCCAGGAAAGACUUCGAGGGCUUUUUUGUUAGUUUGUUUGUUUGUUUUUCCUUCUGUGACAUCGAGGAAUGAGUUCCGGACGGAGGUCUGAGGGGGCGGGGUGCAUUACCUGGUGGGGGUUCAGUCCUGCACUCGACCUGCUUAGUUUGGGUCCUGAAGGAUCUGAGGAAGAAAUCAAAGUUUUACUGGUUGGCAGCGGAGAUCCAAGACAUAUUUUGAAGACUAUCGCUGGUUUGCAGGAAAAACGUCUUCAUGUAUAUGUGAUAGAAACCCACAUGGAGUUGGUAGCUAGGCAACUGCUGCUGCUCUACAUAGCUCUAAUUCCUCAAGAAAUUAUGGGAAUCAGUGAGAAGACAGAAGUUUUCCUUGAGGUGUUUGGGAACAGUGAAAUCCGAAGUCAGACAGAGGAAAUUGUGCGACAAGCAGCAUCACAGCUCCAUCUGUUUGUUACUGAGACAAUAGAGACAAGCCCACACGACUGCCUCAACACAACUUAUCUAAAGUUUAAGGAAAGAGAUGAACUAGCCAAAAUAUUGAAGUCAUGGACCCGGCCAUCCUCACCUCAGCAUCCAGCUCCCAUCUCGAUGUCCAAAGCCUGGGAUUACCGAGUUAGGCAGCAUCUGGGCACACGCUACGACUCCCCCGAAGGCUGCUUUGACUGGGACCUUAACAUGAAGCUUCACAAGAAAGGGUGUGGUGUCAUAAACAAACAGCAGUAUGAACAAUGGAGGAAGCGGGGACUGGCGUUUGAAAUGAGGGAAGGCAUCUACCAAAUACCCAACCCAACUUUGCUCUCAUCAAGAGUGCUCAGUCGAACAGGAGACUCAGUGGCGUACAGAGGCUACUGGGGAGACAUCGUUUCCAGCCCUUAUCUCUCAUUUGGAGUUGAAACUGAUGACAAGAGCCUGCUGAAGACGCAAAAUGGGAAGCACAUCAAGACGGCGCAGGACAUUUCUUUUGCAAACGUGCAGGGAUUGUUCCAGACUUUGUCCAGUAGACGGAGCUGUCCUGCUACCUCUGAGCCAGAGAAGGAAACAGAGAAGCCAUCCAUGCAGCCUGACCUGAAAUCUUUGAGGAUUAAAGAUUUGAUGCACCUGACUGGGGUCUCCUUGACAAUCCUUCCACUGGAAUCAGUUCACAAACUCCCAGACAAGCAGAAAUACUCUAAUUUCUUUAAUUUCAUGUACUUUUCUGUUAGCUGCGUGCACCAGUUAGGCCCCAUGAUGGGACAGAUUGCAGCACCAGACGCUGUCCUCGUCGUGGAGUUAGCCAAGUACAUUCUGGAUCUAAGCAAAGAGCAGGAAGCAGGCGUUGCAAAGAAAGCGGCGAGCUUGGCUCUCGAGGCUGGGUUUGAAGCAAGGCAUGAUGGGAGCAUCGACGACGUCCAUGCAGUUUUUGUGCAACAGAAAGAGUGUUUUUGAUUUCUACUAAUCCACUGCAAGCAAUUCAUUUACAAGACACAAAAACAAGUUAAGAUGGCAAACUUUGAGGUUUUAGUUUUCUUUUCAUUAAAACAGAACAAAAAACGUUAACUCUUUAUUUCAUUCAGGCCUUUAUUUUAACAGCUACAAAUGCAAAUCAAAUAAAUAUGUGCCUGUAUAUUUCACACAAAGAUCUGAUGAAUUGUUUUAUGUCUCAGCAUAAACACUAGAGUGGGGCUGAAAUCAAAAAACAGAAUAUUUUCCUUGUUGCUUGUGCUUCUGCUAUAUGUGCACAUUUGUCACUUCCAGCGUCCUCCAACCUUCCCUUUCCCAUGGCCCUUUUUGCUGCAGUGCAAAAGAGAAGAUUCAAAGCAGAUAGCAAACGUUCAUUCAAAAAAAGAAGCAAUUCACAUUUUUAGACACUUCAUUUACUAUUCAAUUUGUGGAGUGCUCUGUUGACAUAAGCAGAACAUUUGCAUGUCCUGUUUGCAUUCAUAACCUGUGACACUGAUGUGUGAAAUGGUUUUCUACGCACAGAACAUCACCUUUACAACAUUCUGCUUUUUUGUGUGUAAACCACAGAUGCUUCUAUGCUUGGUUUGAAACCAAACCAUAUGUGACACCAUUGAACCGAAUAUGUUUGUGUUGAAAGUGAGAAGUAUUUAUUAUGUAUUGUUUUUCUUUUUUGUACAGUAAGCCACACUGCAAAAACAGCCCUGCCAAUAAAUAAGUAAAACAUUC